ACUGGGAGUAGGCUCUCGUUCGACCAUGUUUUUUGGGGGAAAGCUGUUUUGUUUUUAAUGUUUAAAGUCAAAGUACAGUGCAUGCUCUUUUUAACAUAACUUUGUAGAAUGUGGAAUGUAUUCUGAUUCAGACACUCUUGCACAGUCUUUACGUUUAGUAAAACAACAUAUAUUUCCUAUUAUCUCAAUUGUUUGGUGAGAUUACUGGAGUAGCUGAUAGGAUGCCGCAUUGAUUUUCAUGCAAUGUAUCUGUAAAGGGUAUUAGAUACGGCAGUUAACUGUGCUUUGAGAUAAUAUCGUUGCUUGAUGAUGCAUGCUGAUGUUUGGUUUACAAUUAUUCAAUAAAUAAAGAGAACUACAAAUCAUUGCAUUAACUUGAUAUAUAUAUAUGCCAGUAAUUUAUUGGGUAAAACACCAACGUUUCGACAUCACUGUGCCUUUUUGAGGGUAAUUGCACACACAAACAAGCAGAACUGCUAUUUACUAACAUUGCAUAGAUGAUUUUGGGAGUGGUGGGACGUUAUAAAAAAUCCGACUUGGUUCUCUGUGGAGCUGAUGCUGUUCCACUGUGGCAUUUCUGAUUGGAUGGAUGUUUUUCUGGGACAUACACUGACCAAUGAGAGAAGUUUUACGUGUGUGUGUGCAUGAUAUACCUAGCUACGGAUCAUUAUUAAAGAAAAUAUAAAAUACAAAAUGUUUUCAACAAUGGAUCCUAUAUCAAGGAAAGAUGGAAAGAAUAUCAAAAUUUAGAAGUAAUAAAAUAACUCCAUAUGGGUCUGACUAAUGCUUUAUCACCUGCUCUAUGGAGAUUACCAAAUGCACCUCUUUUCUUUCAGAAUGAAAAACGAAAACCUUGACAUCAGUAUGAAAACAUUUCAAGGUAUCCCAAGAGAAUGAUGUAAAGUGUACAAAAAUACAAAAAUUCAGUAUCUGUGGAAAAAAAGCUACACAGCCUAUAUACUGCCAUGUUUCUGAAGGCAGGAAAGCAAUUUACAAGUAGUGGAAAAUCAAAGGAUUGAUCAGAAGCCACUCCUCCACAUGUAUCCUGAGGCUACAUAUUUGCUCCUUUUGUUUGAACAAGUCGGGCAAACAAAAAAGCUUCUAUAGCUGCUCAACAACCAGAAGACAGAAAGGAUGUGGGUAACCAACGUUGUAGUUCUGUGCCUCCUGGCCGUUGCGGCCUCCGGAGAAGACAAGAAGAAGCUGAGCAGCCAUGCCACCACCAUGGCUGACAAGAGCGCCAACCUGGCCUUCAGCCUCUACCACACGGUGGCCAAGGAGAAGGGCCUUGAUAACAUCCUGAUAUCCCCUGUGGUGGUGGCCUCCUCCCUGGGCAUGGUGGCACUCGGGGGCAAGGCUUCCACCGCCUCCCAGGUCAAGUCUGUCCUCAGCGCUGAUGCCCUGAAGGAUGAGCACCUGCACACAGGCCUGUCAGAGCUCCUGACUGAGGUCAGCGACCCCAAGACCCGUAACGUCACAUGGAAGAUAAGUAACCGCCUCUACGGCCCCAGCUCGGUCACCUUCGCCGACAACUUUGUGAAGAGCAGCAAGAAGCACUACAACUAUGACCACUCGAAGAUCAACCUCAGGGACAAGAGGAGCGCAGUGAACUCCAUCAACGAAUGGGCGGCCAAGUCGACAGACGGCAAGCUGCCUGAGAUCACCAAGGAUGUGCAGAAUGCUGACGGAGCAACGAUCGCCAACGCCAUGUUCUUCAAGCCUCACUGGGAUGAGAAGUUUCAUGAGAAGAUGGUAGACAACCGUGGCUUCCUGGUGACCCGUUCAUUCACAGUCUCUGUUCCCAUGAUGCAUCGCACCGGUCUCUAUAAGUUCCACGAUGACACAGAGAACAGGUUGUUUGUGCUGGACAUGCCACUGGGCCAGAAGCAGUCCAGCCUGGUGUUCAUCAUGCCCUAUCACCUGGAACCCCUUGACAGGCUGGAGAAGCUGCUGACCCGCAAGCAGCUGGAAACCUGGAUGGGCAAGAUGGAGGAGAGGGCCGUGGCCAUCUCUCUGCCCAAAGUCAGCAUGGAGGUUAGCCACAACCUCCAGAAAACUCUUGGUGAACUUGGUCUGACCGACGCUGUGGACAAAACCAAGGCCGAUCUGUCCAACAUCUCGGGCAAGAAGGACCUGUACCUCUCCAACGUGUUCCACGCCUCUUCAAUGGAGUGGGACAUCGAGGGGAACCCCUUCGACACCAGCAUCUUCGGAAGCGAGAAGCUGAGGAACCCCAAGUUGUUCUAUGCUGACCAUCCCUUCAUCUUCCUGGUGAAGGACAACAAGACCAGCUCCAUCCUCUUCAUCGGCAGAAUGGUGCGACCCAAAGGAGACAAGAUGCGUGACGAGUUGUAAUAGUUAAUGGACAGUUUGAGAGAUACGGUUACUGAUUGAAUCAUGCCAGGAAAUAGUAUGUGUAUUAUGGUAUGACUGUUACCCCAAGAACACAUUCCAAUAGGUCAUCUGUGGACUGAAUAUCUAGACCUACUAUUGUAUCACAGACACAUUAAGCACUCCCAGGGAACAGGAGGGUAUACGUUCAAAUAAAUGCUGUUUGGCCUUUGCAAUGCACCAUAAUCAAUAACAUUGUCAAAGUCUGCAUUUCAAUACAUUUCAGGAAAAAGCUGAACACCACAAGUGCCUUUUUAGAGUACCUGAACAUUGAAUAGCAGAUGACCCGACAGCAUGCUUAUAUUAAGUAUGAUCUCUAUGAUUUUUGCCUUCCAUAAAAUCAGACUUUUUUCCACCAUUCUUUUCACCAGUAUAGGUUUGGCUUCUCUCUCUUAUUGGGUUUGUGAUAUGUGUGGUUAGUUGCAUUAUCUUUCAUGUUUAAAGAGAAAAAGAUUGUUGCACAAGUGUACUACAAGCUAAUGUCAUAGUGUCAUACGAUUUUCCACUUUCCACCCUGCAAAGUAUAUUUCUCAUGCUUUCACAGUUUUUGCCUCCCAGCUGCACUGAAACUGUUCCUCUGCAGUCUUUGAUUUGAUUGAAUUAUCUAUGCCAUUUGCAAACCAAACUCUGAUUUUGUUGUAGGCAUUUACCACUAAACCUUGGAAUGUUGCCAUAAUGCAAUGUUGUGUCCUUUUUUACUCUUUUUUUCAAUAAAAAGAAACCUAAAAUGAA